AUGGUGCAGGUGUUAGGUAAAUAUGGGAUGGUGGAUGCUGGUGAGGAGGGGCCAUGGGAUGGUAACCAGGAGGUUCGGCGAGGAGCGGGUGGAGGAGCAGGGGGUGCUGGCGGGGGUGGUGCGGAGGGUGGGGGCAGGGGGGAAGCAGGCAGCAACAGGAGACCAGGGAGUUCCGAUAGGGUGGGAGUUGGAGAGGGGAGCGGAGAGGUGGGAGGAGGGGUGCGGGGAGGUGGGAGCGGAGGGGAGGAGGGAGGUGGGAGCAGGAGUGAGUGGUGGGGGGCUGGUCAGGGGAACAGUCAGAGUAACAAUCAGGGCAUGCAGGGGUACUCAAGAGGAGGAGGGGGGGAGGCGAGUCAAGAUGCACAGCAGAGAGGUGCCCGGGCGACGCAGUCUGCUGCCGGCAUCGCCAGGCAGGAACCCAAGGAUGAUGCAGAGGACGACGAGGUGACUCGCUUAAGGGAGGCAGCGGCAGCGGCGCAGAGGCGAAUAGCGCGGUAUGAGGCGGAGUGUGACGGGCGGCUGGCAAAGCUCAGGCGGAGAGGGAGGCGCUGUGUGGCAGUGGAUGAGGGGAGGGCGCUCAUCACGAGAGAACGCGAUGCAGCGGUAGCAGCAGCCAAGGAGGAGGUGGAGCGGGAGAGGCAGCGAGGCCAAGAGGCAGUGAUGCAGCGGUGGCUCAUAUAUGAAGCCUUCCCCUUCCCAUUCCCCCUGCUUUAUCCUCCCGCACAGCCCUUUGACGUUGGGGCACUCACCCAAGCCCGCAGUGUUGCAGUGGAUGAGGGGAGGGCCCUCAUCACAAGAGAACGAGACGCAGCCGUGGCAGCAGCAAAGGAGGAGGUGGAGCGGGAGAGGCAGCAAGGCAGCGAGGCAGCGAGCGAGCCGUCUCCCUUUGAUGCGGGAGCUCUCACUCAAGCUCGCAGCGUUGCAGUUGACGAGGGGCGGGCGCUCAUCACACGGGAGAGAGACGCAGCGGUAGCAGCAGCCAAGGAGGAGGUGGAGCGGGAGAGGCAGCGGGCCAUGGCUGUGCUGCGAGAGGAAGCUUCCUUGAAGGUGGCCCUGGAGCGGCGGCACCUGCAGGUGGAUCCUCAGGUGGUGGCGCUGGUGAAUCUGGAGGAGGUGGCCCGGCAGCAGGAGUUUCUGAACCGGUGGCGGGCGGCACUGGAGCAAGAGAAUCCGCAAGUCCUAGCCCGAUGGAAGGCCGCAGCCACAGAGGAAGAGCAGCGAAUGCUGGAGAUGGCACGGAGAGAAGCAGCAGCGCGGGGUGGAGCGAAUAGUAGAGCAGGAGGAGGCGGGGGGGGGAGCGGGAAGCAGCCCUAA